UUGUCUAUAGCCGAGGCGAGAAACGACCACAUUUCUGUCUCUGAUAAAUGUUCGUCAGGAGUUCUUUUUAUGUUACCCUGACACAUUUUACGCUUCAUAGGUCGAAAAAGAUUCUACUCUUUAGUUAACCAGUAGCGACACCGAACCACAGCUUCAACGAAUCCGCCAACCAAAUGAGUCUUUGACUUUGUCCUUCGUCUUCCCACUUUCGUCUUUCUCGGUUUCAAAAUUUAUCGUUUCGUUCGGUUUCUUGAUCCCAAAGGUUUCUUCUUUUUAAACAAUACCGUUCUAGUGUAAAAAAGAGAACAAAUUUGCCCUUUUUGACCGAGUAAGGUCGCUUCUGUUUAGCGGUUGCCACGAGCGAAGCGACAAAAUGGCUUCGUCUUGUUCGCCUUUCAAAGGAGCUUUUCCUCGGUGAAAUUGUACCCAAAAACACGCAACGUUUUCUUAUGAUGUUUCUUAUCUAUUAUACUUCGGAAUACACUAAGUUUCGGCGUGAAACAAAGCCGUUGAAGGCUAUGAAACGUAGAUUAAUUUAGAAACGAAACGAAAUUAAUAUAUACGUCCUUCCCCAACAAGAACCACACACUCACGCACGAUUUCCUUGAUGACGCACAAAUAGACUUGUUCAUACAGGAAAAACAGGUUUUCCAGGAGUCUCGACCAAUCAGAAUGGCUAUUUCAGCACAAUGGUGACGUCACAUGACGUAAAACAAUCGAGAAAAACAGGUUUGAGCGGGCGACACCCGCAUGACGGGAAUGUAGAGACUUGCAAUAUGUCCAUAUAUGGCAAAGCAUAAUCAAUAAUAACAAAAAUAAUUCAUUACAUAAGGUUAAGUCCCAAGGGAAUACAUACAAUGUCAUUUGGCACGUUUGUGGGAAUUUACCAUCAGACUUACUUAAUAUGAUAUAUUUAUCUUUACUAGUAAAAACGACAUCCAAGGCUCCAAGCAUUUUAAACAUUGACAUUUUAUAGAUGUAUUUUUAAUUAAUAGUGUUACAAUCUCGUGUGGGAGGAGAAAAAGAGGGAGGGGGAAGGUACGUUAACAACUGAUACAUUUGGAAUAGGAGCUGACAUUCUGAAAUGCAUUCACUAUAGUGGAUUACCAGGGUCAUAAAGUUGUUUUUUCAUCCACACAUAGCCUUUGCUUCCUCUUUCAACAUUCUUGCUAACUGAUGAUGAAAUCUGUUUCUUUGGUGCUGAAGGUAUUGAUGGUGGUGGUGGUGGUAUUGAUAAUGGUGGUGGUGGUGGCGGUGGUAUUGACAGUAGUGGUGGUGGUAUUGACAAUGCUGGUGACGAUGGUACACCACUUUGAGAAGGCUCUGUUAUUUCUUCAGUUUCUAAAUCACUUGCAGUCUUUAUUGAGUCGAUCCUCUUUUCAUGCUUAGCAUAAUCAUCUGCCUUUUCAAUCUGAAAUUGUAUUUUUCAAAAAUUAAAUAGAUUUCAUUAAAAAAUAAGGCUUUCAUUCACCACCAACAUCAUUAAAGAAGAUUGACAACUAGUCCAACAAGUACCUGUGAUUUUGAAAAAAAUCUGGAAACUUUUGUUUCAGCAGAUACUGGUGUUGAUAAAGAGUAACCAAGAUGUUCAUAGAAUGACUGUUUGUUUUUUGUUGAGAGAUGAAUAAUUUCAAACCCAUGCCUAGUACAUGAACACACAUUAACACCAAGUAACAACAUUGUUAAAGUACAGAAAAUUAGUUAUACUGUACAUUCUAAUGAUCAGAUGACAACUAAAUACCCAUUAUUUCAUACUCCAUACUUUAGAGCGAAUUCUUCAGUAUGUCUCAUUAUCAUUUUGCCCAAGCCACAUCCUCUUAAGGUUUUGUCUACAAUUACUAGAAAAAUACCAAAAUUAUCAGAAUUAAAUUGGUGACCCAGUAAAUAAACACAUAGAACCUGCCCGGCAGUUCUAAUAUAUAUGUUCAAAUUUACCUGAUUCAACCAGAGCCGAGUUUGGUUUUUGCAAAACUUUGGAGAGGCGGCUGAAUCCCACCACUGUUCGUACAUUGCCAGCUGUUGAGACUUUUAGUAAAACAAAGGAGCAAGGUAGAUCAUCUGACGACUGACUAAUGACAUUGCAUCUAGGGUAAAGUUCAAAAUUUUUCAUUAUCAGUUAUUCCACUUUUGACUAAUGGGUUAAUUUCAACAAAAACAGUAUAUUGACUGAGUGAACUUCUGCUGUAACUGACAUGGUUGGGCCCAUAUGCAUAUUGGUGGUUUUCACUAAGAACUACCAUGAGCAGAUGGUGGUUAACUAGCUAGCAGACCAGUAACCAUCAUCCGCUACUUUACACCAGUACUUAAAACCACCAAUACUUGUGUUUGUGUGUUAAAUAUAGAGGCAUACCUCGCUUCAAGGGAUCUUGGCCAUUCAUUAUUAAGAAGCUGAGCUGUUUCUUCCAUAACAUCUGGUACAUCGUGAAGCUUAAUCACUUUAAAUUCAUGUUCCAUUUACAGUGAUUGAAAAUUUGGUGUUGAUAGUCAUAGAUACAUUGUUGCUACACAAUGAUUUGUACCACUAUACUCAUGAACAACUACUAAUAGUUACUGUGUCUGUGGUCAAGCCAAUGGUCAAAUCUGAUUUAACAGCCCCCCCGCCGUUUCCGUCACUGCAUAUAUUACUUUUUUAUCCCAGAUAUUAUUUGAAGGUCUUGGAGGGUUUUUGCAGUCGGAAAUUUUGAGCGGAAGAUUAUACACAAUAUUUAUCUCAGCCUGUAAGGCCCUGCAUUAAUAAUAAUCUGUAACAAAAAGUCGAAAUAUAUAUCGAUCUUUACCGUAUUGUACAAAAUGUUACUAAUUUGAUCACAGAUCAAUCAUCAAUGAAUACAAAUUGAUAAUUUAUGCAAUUAUGUAUACUAUAUUCAAACACUGUUGCUGUUGGUAUAUUUAAUUACGGUAACAAAGCGAGAUGGAAAAGUCAAGACCAGAACCUCUUUCUGCGAAAGACCAAGGGUAUAAAGUAACUCUGGACAUUUUUAGAACUAACCAUUGCUUUAUAACUUUUAUUGCAUAAUUUUGAUAAAAUAUUAUUGUAUCGUUUGCUUUUAAAGGUCAUUUGCGUUCGAUACAGUGAACCGACGUAUGCCAGUGAUACUGACACGUGUCAUCGAUGCCUCUAGCAAGCUUGCUUCAAAAUUGACAGAACAAAACGAUCAUGUUAGUGUUUUUUAAAAGCAGUAUACUAAAACCUAAUAUUUUAUGCACUAACUGGAAGGGGAGUUGUUUCAGUUUCUGUAUAAGAGCAAGCAAAUGCACAGCCACACGGGGGAGGUUAUCCCAUCAUUCCCAUGCCAUCUCAAGAACUUUAGUGCAGUUUUACACAUAAAAUAUUGGGUAAGGGUUAGGGGAAAAUUUCCAAUGGAAACAAGAACACUGCCUUCCCCCCUGGGAGACCCUCCGAGUUGUAUCUGAACUCUGAAGGGAUAAAAUAUACCAGUUUAUGGAAUAAAAAGUGAAGUAUAGUAGUAUAUACCGUGCUUGCACCUAGGAUAGUCUGUUAUUUAUGAAUAUUAGACUAUUAGUACUGUAACAAGUUUCCAGGAAAGGCCACUCAGAAAAGAUAAUUUUGACAUAUUAUUGGUAUUCUUAAUAGGAAAAAGCAGAUGAUGUUAAAAAUGUUGUGCACAAGCUAUCAGGACUCAAGUAUGGAAUGGAGACAAACAAACCACUAGAACUGCUAAAUGAUGACCAAGCUGACACUGAACUCUGGGACAAAUGUUUACAAGAAACCAAGUCUUUGGUGCCUGGAAAAGAUCUCACCUUUUACACUGGAGCAUGGUUGCUAUGUGAAUGUUACAUGUACAGGAGAAUAUUCCAAGCAUUCAUUUCAAGGUGGUUUAUGUAAACUACUCUUCAUAGAGGUCUCGUAAAGCCGGAUCAUCACUGCUCCAGUUUUACAGGAGUACAGUUUUACAAAAAGAUUUUUUGUUUUUUUGCUUUAGUUCACUGUUCAAGGACUAUGACCCAUUUAGUGAGCAGAAGAGAGAAUCAUUUUUCAGCACAAUGGAUUCAGUCAAGUCUCUAUCAGAGAAUGUCAUGAAAUGUACCAGCACACUUACUGAGAGUUCAAGUGAUGAUGCUGUGAGGCUGGAGUUCGAGACUUUGUUACAGGUGAAAUAAACUAAAUGUCUUUGGUAGGGACCUUGUGAACAAUUGAAUAUACUAGCUUGUUAUAGUAUUGUUAGAUAGCUCUAUGACUCCAUCAAUCUUAGGCUGUCUUAACGAGCCACCUCUUAUUGCCCAGCCCCGUUGUAAAUUGGUAGAGCCCAGCAGGAUGUACUCUACUCACUGCAACUGAAAAACUAUAUAUUUAAUUAAUCAAACAACUUAAUUUCCACAAUCAAUAUUUUCAUAAUUCUGUACUAGUUCUCACUGUGGGCAAACAAGUGUGAUCUGUCAGUGUCAGGUGGUGAAAUCAAGGAUGGUCAACAUACCGGUAUGGCUGAGCAACUCCAGCAUCUCAAGGCCUGGAUCCUAGUUGAUAAUACCUCAGAGGUUUGGGAACUACUCAGAACCAUCGACCGCAAUGCAGAUCAUGAGAUCCACAUCGACUUUGUUCUAGACAACGCUGGUUUUGAAGUUUUUGCUGACUUAUGCCUGGCAGAAUUCUUACUCUCCCUCAACCUGGCUAAAACUGUCUACUUUCACGUAAAAAAUAUUCCUUGGUUUGUGUCGGAUGCUUCUGAAAAAGAUAUCGAUUGGCUAAUUGAGCAGAUGAAGAAAUCAGAGAAUAAUUAUGUCUCGCAGCUUGGGGUGAGAUGGCAAGCUAGGUUUAAAGAUGGUUCAUUUCAGUUCAAAAAGCAUAUAUAUUGGACAUUAGCACAUGACAACAGCGAAAUGAAAGCCACUGCCCCAGAUUUGUAUGCAGAAUUGAGCAAAGCCAAGCUAGUGUUUUUCAAAGGUGAUCUGAAUUACCGCAAAUUAGUCGGAGAUCGUAAGUGGCCACACACUACUCCUUUUGCUGAAGCAUUGUGGGGAUUCUGUCCUGCGCCAUUGUGUUCCUUACGUACCCUGAAAGCUGAUGUAGUUGUUGGAUUGUGUCCAGGACAGGACAGCAAGGCUGAAUCGAAAGAUAAACAAUGGAUGGUUAACGGCACUAAUGCUGUUAUACAAUAUCAACACAAUUUGUGAUAUGUAACAGACGAACAUAUCUAGUAAUACUGGUGCUGACUUAUUAGAACGUUUUAGAUUAAAAAAAACAAUCACUUAAUACAAUUUUAGCAUAAAUUAUGACUAUGACAAUCAAAUCUGUCAAAAAAUAAUUUAUUAUCACCAUUUUGUGUGUGAUCUGAUGUGCAUUAUGAAAGAAUGGUGUUAGUUAUAUUACAGGCUUCAUUGCUCUAAUUGCUUUUCUGAAUGUUGUCUUUAAUUCAUUGAGUGAGAUAAUUAAUUAGGCAUAUUAAUAACAUGGCUGAAGCAUGGUCUAAACUUCACACUACGUUUAGAUGGAAUUUUAUUUCCCAUAGGCUUCAACCAACUUUUCAAUAUCUCCAAUGCUUUGUAAGACAUUUGUGAGCUGUUUUUCAUCCAUUUCAAAGUGCAUUGUGUCAACAUUCU